CUGCUGAACAACAAGCUGAAACUAAAUGAUGUUGAGAGAGUUGAAUCUGGACAAGAUGCUGGAAGAAUGAAGCAAUUGUUGAUUAGAGAUCAAACAGCUAAAGAGAUUGAACCAUUGAGUGAUCGAGUUAAUUUGGUGAGUUUUUGAGGGGAAUUGGAAUAGCUGAAAUUUUGCUGAUUUUUUAGAGAUCAAACAUUAAAAAAAUAUUGAACAUUUUUCAAUUUUUUAUUGAAAAUUUCAAGUUUUCGCUCAAGUUUCACAAAAAUUGAAAUAUAAUAUAUGAAAGAUUAUGUAUGAAAUCUAAAUUCCAAGAAUUCAGAAGAUUCUAUCAAAACGUUAAUUUUCUCCCCUAAUUUUUCCUUUUUUCAGGAUCUCACAACUCUCAUAAACCUCAAAAGGAAUUGUUGCUCGAUGUCAAACGAAUUAAGAUACAGAAGACGAAGAUUAUCUAAGUGGACCAUCACAAAAACAAAGCAUUCAAUUUUUGGAGAAUAAUUUGGACAAAUUGACCAAAGUUCACAAACAGGUUGGUUUUUUUGUAAUGAAAAUGAAAAGAUUAAAAAAAAAAUAACAUGGGGAAGAUACGUUUCAAAAUUUGGAUUUUAGCUAGUGUAUAAUCUUAUUUAUUUUGUUUUUGUCAAAAAUCAUAAAAUUAAAGGGGUUGUCCUUCUACGUCGAAAAUCAAGUCCGCAAUAGUGCGUCACUUUUUAAAACUAACUAUAAGCAAGCCUAAAAUUGAUUAAAAUCACUUUUCAUAGUUGAAAAAUGAUAGGAAAUAUGUUUCGCGAGAAAUACACACAAAUAAAUUAUGUGUGUGAAGAGCACACAUGUUUUUUAUAUGCACUAAAACCUUAAAACCUAACAAAAACAUGAAUAAAAUGGUGAAAACUCGCUCUAAAAUCAAAAUAAAAUAUGGAAUGUUUCAGGAGCACCUUAGCUCUAUCGAAUGAACCUAAGUUUCCUUGUAGCAGGACAACCCCUUUAAAUUAAAAAUAAAAUUAAUUUUCACAAUAAAAAAUCAAACGCUAAAUUUUUACAGUACAAAAAUUGUGCAUUUUUCAGUUUUUGUCCGCUAAAAAUUGUUAUUUUUCAAUUUUUGACCUCUAAAAACUGAAAUGUAGAUUUUUCAAAAAAUUGUACUUUGGUCAGCCACGGCUUGGCCGAGGUGUGUACUGUAAAAUAUUUCAUAAAACAAAGAACCUUGAAAAAAAAUGGAUUUUAUCAGUUAAAAAAUAAAAGUUCAUGCCUAAUUUUUGAAUUUUCUUGAAAGAAAUGUAAUUUUUCAGAGCGAUUUGCUAUCAAUUUACCACGGAGAAAAGCAUCGGGAGACAAAAAAAGCAGAAAUUCCCGUCUAAUUCGGAGAUUCUGAAACUUGCAAUCGAAAUCAACGAACAUUUCGGUAAGCUUUUUAUCGAUUUUUUCCGAGAAUUGAAAAUGACUAUGAGAAUUUCUGGAAUUGCAAUUUGAAACUUAUAAAAUUUCUAUUUUUCUCGAUUUUUUUGUUGAAAAUUUUGAAAAAAUAGCUGAUUUUAUCAGUUCCAAAUUGGGAUUUCAGCGGAGAUGCGGAAGCUAUGCCCAAUUUUUGAAUUUUUAUUCAAAAACUUUGAAUUUUCGAAUAAUAAAUUAAAUGAACCUUUUUUCAGAUCAAUAUGAACAAUUCAAAGUGGAUGAGCAACAAUUCAAAGUUAUUGUUCAAGAAUCGACAUCGUUGUUGGUAAGUUUUUGAAUUUUAAUGAAAACUGGCAUGAAUUUCUGGAAUUGCAAUUUGAAACUGAUAAAAUUUCUAUUUUUCUCGAUUUUUUUGUUGAAAAUUUUGAAAAAAUAGCUGAUUUUAUCAGUUCCAAAUUGGAAUUUCAGCGGAGAUGCGGAAGCUAUGCCCAAUUUUUGAAUUUUUAUUCAAAAACUUUGAAUUUUCGAAUAAUAAAUUAAAUGAACCUUUUUUCAGAUCAAUAUGAACAAUUCAAAGUGGAUGAGCAACAAUUCAAAGUUAUUGUUCAAGAAUCGACAUCGUUGUUGGUAAGUUUUUGAAUUUUAAUGAAAACUGGCAUGAAUUUCUGGAAUUGCAAUUUGAAACUGAUAAAAUUUCUAUUUUUCUUGAUUUUUUUGUUGAAAAUUUUGAAAAAUAGCUGAUUUUAUCAGUUCCAAAUUGGAAUUUCAGCGGAGAUGCGGAAGCUAUGCCCAAUUUUUGAAUUUUUAGAGAAAAACUUUGAAUUUUCGAAUAAUAAAUUAAAUGAACCUUUUUUCAGAUCAAUAUGAACAAUUCAAAGUGGAUGAGCAACAAUUCAAAGUUAUUGUUCAAGAAUCGACAUCGUUGUUGGUAAGUUUUUGAAUUUUAAUGAAAACUGGCAUGAAUUUCUGGAAUUGCAAUUUGAAACUGAUAAAAUUUCUAUUUUUCUCGAUUUUUUUGUUGAAAAUUUUGAAAAAAUAGCUGAUUUUAUCAGUUCCAAAUUGGAAUUUCAGCGGAGAUGCGGAAGGUAUGCCCAAUUUUUUGAAUUUUUAUUCAAAAACUUUGAAUUUUCGAAUAAUAAAUUAAAUGAACCUUUUUUCAGAUCAAUAUGAACAAUUCAAAGUGGAUGAGCAACAAUUCAAAGUUAUUGUUCAAGAAUCGACAUCGUUGUUGGUAAGUUUUUGAAUUUUAAUGAAAACUGGCAUGAAUUUCUGGAAUUGCAAUUUGAAACUGAUAAAAUUUCUAUUUUUCUCGAUUUUUUUGUUGAAAAUUUUGAAAAAAUAGCUGAUUUUAUCAGUUCCAAAUUGGAAUUUCAGCGGAGAUGCGGAAGCUAUGCCCAAUUUUUGAAUUUUUAUUCAAAAACUUUGAAUUUUCGAAUAAUAAAUUAAAUGAACCUUUUUUCAGAUCAAUAUGAACAAUUCAAAGUGGAUGAGCAACAAUUCAAAGUUAUUGUUCAAGAAUCGACAUCGUUGUUGGUAAGUUUUUGAAUUUUAAUGAAAACUGGCAUGAAUUUCUGGAAUUGCAAUUUGAAACUGAUAAAAUUUCUAUUUUUCUUGAUUUUUUUGUUGAAAAUUUUGAAAAAUAGCUGAUUUUAUCAGUUCCAAAUUGGAAUUUCAGCGGAGAUGCGGAAGCUAUGCCCAAUUUUUGAAUUUUUAGAGAAAAACUUUGAAUUUUCGAAUAAUAAAUUAAGUGAACCUUUUUUCAGAUCAAUAUGAACAAUUCAAAGUGGAUGAGCAACAAUUCAAAGUUAUUGUUCAAGAAUCGACAUCGAUGUUGGUAAGUUUUUGAAUUUUAAUGAAAACUGGCAUGAAUUUCUGGAAUUGCAAUUUGAAACUGAUAAAAUUUCUAUUUUUCUUGAUUUUUUUGUUGAAAAUUUUGAAAAAUAGCUGAUUUUAUCAGUUCCAAAUUGGAAUUUCAGCGGAGAUGCGGAAGCUAUGCCCAAUUUUUGAAUUUUUAGAGAAAAACUUUGAAUUUUCGAAUAAUAAAUUAAGUGAACCUUUUUUCAGAUCAAUAUGAACAAUUCAAAGUGGAUGAGCAACAAUUCAAAGUUAUUGUUCAAGAAUCGACAUCGAUGUUGGUAAGUUUUUGAAUUUUAAUGAAAACUGGCAUGAAUUUCUGGAAUUGCAAUUUGAAACUGAUAAAAUUUCUAUUUUUCUUGAUUUUUUUGUUGAAAAUUUUGAAAAAUAGCUGAUUUUAUCAGUUCCAAAUUGGAAUUUCAGCGGAGAUGCGGAAGGUAUGCCCAAUUUUUGAAUUUUUAUUCAAAAACUUUGAAUUUUCGAAUAAUAAAUUAAAUGAACCUUUUUUCAGAUCAAUAUGAACAAUUCAAAGUGGAUGAGCAACAAUUCAAAGUUAUUGUUCAAGAAUCGACAUCGUUGUUGGUAAGUUUUUGAAUUUUAAUGAAAACUGGCAUGAAUUUCUGGAAUUGCAAUUUGAAACUGAUAAAAUCCAUGUUUUUCUUGCUUUUCUUCAUGAAAAUCUUGAAAAAUGAUUGAUUUUAUCAGUUUCAAAUUGGAAUUUCAGCGGAGAUGCGGAAGCUAUGCCCAAUUUUUGAAUUUUUAGAGAAAAACUUUGAAUUUUCGAAUAAUAAAUUAAGUGAACCUUUUUUCAGAUCAAUAUGAACAAUUCAAAGUGGAUGAGCAACAAUUCAAAGUUAUUGUUCAAGAAUCGACAUCGUUGUUGGUAAGUUUUUGAAUUUUAAUGAAAACUGGCAUGAAUUUCUGGAAUUGCAAUUUGAAACUGAUAAAAUUUCUAUUUUUCUUGAUUUUUUUGUUGAAAAUUUUGAAAAAUAGCUGAUUUUAUCAGUUCCAAAUUGGAAUUUCAGCGGAGAUGCGGAAGCUAUGCCCAAUUUUUGAAUUUUUAUUCAAAAACUUUGAAUUUUCGAAUAAUAAAUUAAAUGAACCUUUUUUCAGAUCAAUAUGAACAAUUCAAAGUGGAUGAGCAACAAUUCAAAGUUAUUGUUCAAGAAUCGACAUCGUUGUUGGUAAGUUUUUGAAUUUUAAUGAAAACUGGCAUGAAUUUCUGGAAUUGCAAUUUGAAACUGAUAAAAUCCAUGUUUUUCUUGCUUUUCUUCAUGAAAAUCUUGAAAAAUGAUUGAUUUUAUCAGUUUCAAAUUGGAAUUUCAGCGGAGAUGCGGAAGCUAUGCCCAAUUUUUGAAUUUUUAGAGAAAAACUUUGAAUUUUCGAAUAAUAAAUUAAGUGAACCUUUUUUCAGAUCAAUAUGAACAAUUCAAAGUGGAUGAGCAACAAUUCAAAGUUAUUGUUCAAGAAUCGACAUCGAUGUUGGUAAGUUUUUGAAUUUUAAUGAAAACUGGCAUGAAUUUCUGGAAUUGCAAUUUGAAACUGAUAAAAUCCAUGUUUUUCUUGCUUUUCUUCAUGAAAAUCUUGAAAAAUGAUUGAUUUUAUCAGUUUCAAAUUGGAAUUUCAGCGGAGAUGCGGAAGCUAUGCCCAAUUUUUGAAUUUUUAGAGAAAAACUUUGAAUUUUCGAAUAAUAAAUUAAAUGAACCUUUUUUCAGAUCAAUAUGAACAAUUCAAAGUGGAUGAGCAACAAUUCAAAGUUAUUGUUCAAGAAUCGACAUCGUUGUUGGUAAGUUUUUGAAUUUUAAUGAAAACUGGCAUGAAUUUCUGGAAUUGCAAUUUGAAACUGAUAAAAUUUCUAUUUUUCUUGAUUUUUUUGUUGAAAAUUUUGAAAAAUAGCUGAUUUUAUCAGUUCCAAAUUGGAAUUUCAGCGGAGAUGCGGAAGCUAUGCCCAAUUUUUGAAUUUUUAGAGAAAAACUUUGAAUUUUCGAAUAAUAAAUUAAAUGAACCUUUUUUCAGAUCAAUAUGAACAAUUCAAAGUGGAUGAGCAACAAUUCAAAGUUAUUGUUCAAGAAUCGACAUCGAUGUUGGUAAGUUUUUGAAUUUUAAUGAAAACUGGCAUGAAUUUCUGGAAUUGCAAUUUGAAACUGAUAAAAUUUCUAUUUUUCUUUAUUUUUUGUUGAAAAUUUUGAAAAAUAGCUGAUUUUAUCAGUUCCAAAUUGGAAUUUCAGCGGAGAUGCGGAAGCUAUGCCCAAUUUUUGAAUUUUUAGAGAAAAACUUUGAAUUUUCGAAUAAUAAAUUAAAUGAACCUUUUUUCAGAUCAAUAUGAACAAUUCAAAGUGGAUGAGCAACAAUUCAAAGUUAUUGUUCAAGAAUCGACAUCGUUGUUGGUAAGUUUUUGAAUUUUAAUGAAAACUGGCAUGAAUUUCUGGAAUUGCAAUUUGAAACUGAUAAAAUUUCUAUUUUUCUUGAUUUUUUUGUUGAAAAUUUUGAAAAAUAGCUGAUUUUAUCAGUUCCAAAUUGGAAUUUCAGCGGAGAUGCGGAAGCUAUGCCCAAUUUUUGAAUUUUUAGAGAAAAACUUUGAAUUUUCGAAUAAUAAAUUAAGUGAACCUUUUUUCAGAUCAAUAUGAACAAUUCAAAGUGGAUGAGCAACAAUUCAAAGUUAUUGUUCAAGAAUCGACAUCGUUGUUGGUAAGUUUUUGAAUUUUAAUGAAAACUGGCAUGAAUUUCUGGAAUUGCAAUUUGAAACUGAUAAAAUUUCUAUUUUUCUUGAUUUUUUUGUUGAAAAUUUUGAAAAAUAGCUGAUUUUAUCAGUUCCAAAUUGGAAUUUCAGCGGAGAUGCGGAAGCUAUGCCCAAUUUUUGAAUUUUUAGAGAAAAACUUUGAAUUUUCGAAUAAUAAAUUAAGUGAACCUUUUUUCAGAUCAAUAUGAACAAUUCAAAGUGGAUGAGCAACAAUUCAAAGUUAUUGUUCAAGAAUCGACAUCGAUGUUGGUAA